AUGCCAGCGCAAGAGCAACAACGGCGAAGCAUAUCAGCGCCAUCGCUACUAACUUCGGCAGAGCCAAACGGAGCAGAGUCAGGAGAUCCUCCACGGCCAAGCAAUGCGAGUCCCGGAAGCUACCUCGGCCGCGCGGAAUAUGUCCAAGGGGUAGCUCCGAUAGACGAGGAAGACGCGAAGGACUAUGCUGAUGAACCAAACAACGCCUUCUCUGAAGUAGAUCAAAGGUAUCUUCAAGAACUCGGAGCAUUAGAAUUGCCCACCCGCGUUCUUGGGGACAGUCUAGUUUCGCAGUUCAUGGAGCGAUGCUAUCCGUGGAUGCCUAUCGUGAAUCGAUCAGAGUUCCAAAAGACAGACGACUUCGAACCUUCGUUACUACUCUUCCAAUCUCUCUGCACUGCUGGCUGCAGGGUUUCAAUGGCCCCAACAGCCCAGGAGGUUGGCCAGGCAUUUUAUCACAGAGCCAAAGCGUUGUAUUAUUCUGGGCAUGAGAAGAAUCCACUCGUAAUCGUCCGCGCCAUGUGCAUGCUGCAAUGGUGGAAUCCUUCAGGGCCAGAGCAUGUAUCGAUCGACUCCAGUAGCUUCUGGCUGCACAUGACAGUUGGUCUGGCGCAUCAGAUUGGACUCCACCGGGAGCCAGACCGGGAGCAACCUCAUGCAAGUUUGCGAAGGAGACUGUGGUGGACGAUAUUCUCUCGAGACUGUUUGAUCUCCAUGUGCCACGGACGGCCGCGGGCUAUACAUCCCGAAGGUUUUGAUGUGAGGCCGCUAACGUUGAACGACUUCCCUGAACCUAAUCUCGAUGUCCACUUAUUCCUGUCUUACGUUGACAUAUGUGGAAUAUUGGGCGAUCUGACUGAAGCGAUCGUUAGAGACAUAUUUGGUCGAGCAAAUCGAGUGGCGAUUGAAGCAAGGUUGUUGAACUGGAGUCGCCAUUUGCACGAGGAUCUGCGGAUAUACCACCAAGCUGGAAAAUUGGCCUCAUACAAUUUUAAGGUUCGCCAGUUGUGGGUUGCGUACUUUACUGCUUUGGUGCUUUUGUUCCCAACAACAGCUCAUGCGCCUUCCUCUAUGGCGUUAUUGGCCACAUCCUUCAUGGUGGCUAUUUUCGAGGAGUUUCUGAACCGGGGCGAGUUGCCAAUGCUGGCACCUGUAUUCGUUUUCUAUAUGAUGACUGCAGGUUUGGUCCAAUCAACCGGUCUAAGAUGCCUGAACCUCGAGGUUGAGACGCGCCAUGAGUUGGAUAUUAUCCAUCAAUGUUUGGCAGAAAUGGGGAAGAGAUACCCGUCAGCCACCGGCGCGCGAAGGGUUAUCCGCGCUGUUUGUCAGGCUGCUACCAAGCAAGACAAACAGACUGGGCUAUUGAUUUAUACAAUAGAUGACAACCAGCGGCAAUACCUAGAGCAAUUAGGACCGGAGCUGUGUCCCAAGUGGGAUGCGAUUCACCGUAUGUGUCAGGACGCAGGGGAGACCACUGCUAGGCAGAGAACAGCGAUCAAACGCCCACGUCUCAUAGCAACAGGGGCUCAGAGAGGAAUACCUGAAGAUGGGUUUGAAGAUGUGGGGCGACUGGCGACGGAAUUUGAUCCAAACCCGGUGCUUGAAACAGAUAAUAUGCCGCCCUCAUUGGCAAUAGACCCUCAGCAAGAGGUAUUAGAUACACAUGAAUAUUUUAUGGAAGGCAUGGACGGUUUUGGAAAUAUGGCAUCAUUAGGAAAUUGGAUGCUAGGCACAUGGGUAGGAGGGAUGGUGGAUGUGGCCUCGCUAAAUGCUUUCAACAGCUAA